GGGCAGGGGCAGGGGCAGGGGCAGGGAGAUUAAGAAGUCGAAGAGAAAGCCCAGAUAAUGGAAACGGCAUCAUAUUCAAUUCAGGUUUAAAGCUCAGAACUUGAAGUCUUUUCUUAUCGGGUAUGCAAGUGUGUAUGCUUGCUGGUAUACCUAAGGAAGGGAUGAAUGCUUUUUUUUUUUUUUACUUUAGUUUUCUGGUCUUAAUUUGGUUUACUCGAGCGGUUUCUGGAGAUUCUAUCAAAUGAAGGAAAGGAUUUGAGCUCUUUUAGUGACACGGGCUCCUAUAAAUGAUAACUUUCUUGCAUAUUGAACAAUGAUGAUUCUGAUUGCUGUUUUUAGUCCUAUAUUUUUAUCCAGUAUGGCCUUUCCUUCAUGUAUUUGAUUUCUCUAUAGAUGUAUUCUUAAAGACCAAGAUUAUAUGCUGGGCUAUCAGAUUAUUGAAUUCAUGCUAUUUGUUUUGUUACAUAGAUGUAUGCUGUGUCCAAUUGAAUCCUUUGUUAUGCGCUUUGUGGUGUUCUACUGCGUGUUUGUUUGCUUAAUGUGUUCAUCGUCGCUAAAUUCGGUGGAUUGGACAGUGGGUACCAAUGCCUCCGAGCGACCAGCUUGUAAAUUCUAACUUGCAAGUGUGUUAUCAUAAAUUCAGUUGGAUAAAUGACUUUUUGGUGUGAUGUUAUGUCAAAGUAAGGUGGGUGAUUUGGUUUUACUGUUUCUGGUCUGAUUUAUCUUUAGGACAACUCUUUGUUCAGGUGAAUAGCUUCAAGGAUUGAAUUCCUGUGCUAUAAUACAUCUAACUUUACCAUCUUUUAUUUUUCAUGGGUAUCAUGGCCAACCAUCCAUCAGUGUGGUGCAUGGUUGUGUGUUGACCUUAACAAGAGAUAAAGAAGUAUCAUUGUUAUUAAGGCUUGCGUUCCGUUGUUUCUUUUGUUGUGAUGCCAUUUCAGAAGAUCAAGAUAUAAUGAUCAUGAGCCAAACUGAAACUAUGUUUUCCUAAUUGAUUAGAAACGAAGAAUUUGCGACCAAAUGGUUUGAACAACCACAGGUUCUUUUUGGAUUGUUCGACCUUGCCAUCCAGAUGCUGGCUGCCAAACUGACAACGAUAUUGAACAAUUAUCUGACUGCCAAUCAGGCAAAACAAACUCAUGCAUGCAUCAUCAUUAAUGGUUUUAAUAACCUGGAGCCUCUCUUGGUUCGUCAAAUCCUCCUGUCUGCUCGCAAUAAAUCUAGAAGAAUUUCUCAAUAUGUCCAUAGCAUCCUUUACCAUUUGCCACAUCCAGAUUCAUUCUCAUGGGGUUGGGCAAUUAGAUAUUUCUCUCAGCAAGGCCAAUUCAAGGAAGCCUUGUAUCUCUAUGUUCAGAUGCAGAGACAAGGAUUGUGUCCAAGCACAUUUGCUGUAUCUUCUGCUUUAAGGGCAUAUGCUAGGACCACAUACAAGAUGGGUGGAAUGUCAAUCCAUGCUGAGAGUUAUAAAUAUGGGUUCUCUAAAUGUGUUUAUGUUCAAACAGCACUUGUGGAUUUAUAUUCAAAACUGGGUGAUAUGAACACUGCGCAGAAGGUUUUUGAUGAGCUGGCAGAGAAAAAUGUGGUUUCAUGGAAUUCAAUUUUAUCUGGGCAUCUGAAAUCUGGGAAUUUACUGGAGGCUCAGAGGGUGUUCGACCAGAUUUCAAAGAAGGAUGUCAUAUCUUGGAAUUCAAUGAUAUCAGGGUAUGCGAAAAUAGGAGACAUGGACCGCGCAUGUGUUCUGUUUCAACAGAUGCCAGAGAAAAACUAUUCUUCUUGGAAUGCAUUGAUUAGUGGAUACGUCAAUUGUGGGGACAUAAAAUCAGCUUGGAGAUUUUUUGAUGCAAUGCCCGAAAGAAAUAGUGUUUCUUGGAUCACAAUGAUUGCUGGGUACUCAAAAUGUGGAGAUGUUGACUCUGCUAGCAAACUGUUUGAUCAGAUAGCUAAGAAAGAUCUGCUCACGUUUAAUGCCAUGAUAUCUUGCUUUGCUCAGAAUAGCCAACCGAGGAAGGCCCUUUGGUUGUUUAGUGAGAUGCUUAAGGCUUAUACAAAUAUUCAGCCAGAUCAGAUGACUUUGGCAAGUGUUGUAUCAGCUUGUUCACAAUUGGGAGACUUGAGAUUUGCAUCAUGGAUUGAGUCAUACGUAAAUGAUCUUGGAACAGAGAUUGAUGACCAGUUGGUUACUGCUUUACUUGACCUAUAUGCAAAGUGUGGGAGUGUUGACAAGGCAUUCGAGCUAUUUCAUGGCUUAAACAAGAAGGAUGUGGUUGCUUAUAGUGCUAUGAUCUCUGGAUGUGGCAUAAAUGGCAAGGUUGCUGAUGCUAUCAAGUUGUUUGACAUGAUGGUGGAUGCCCAAAUCCAUCCAAAUUUAGCCACCUUUACAGGGCUCUUAACUGCAUGUAACCAUGCUGGACUGGUCAAAGAGGGCUACCGAUUCUUUAGUUCCAUGAAGGACCAUGGCCUUGUACCUUCAACUGAUCAUUAUGCAAUCAUGGUCGAUCUUUUAGGGAGAGCUGGAAGAUUACAAGAUGCAUAUGAGCUGAUAAAGAGUAUGCCAAUGCAACCUCAUUCUGGGGUUUGGGGGGCUUUGCUGCUUGCAUGCAACGUGCAUAACAAUGUGGAGUUAGGAGAGAUUGCAGCUCAGCAUUGUUUUAAUUUGGAGACUAAUGCAACUGCUUAUUAUUCUCUUCUUGCCAACAUUUAUUCCUCUGCUGGAAGGUGGGAUGAUGUCGGGAGAUUGAGAAAGUUGUGGAAAGAGAAGAAAUUGGCCAAGUUAUCAGGGUGUAGUUGGACAGAAUCAACUUGACUUUUUCGUACUCAGAGGGUAAGAUGCUAGUCUGUGAGUCCUUGUAGAUCGUAGACCCCCCUGGCUCCAAAUCUGGUCUUGGGAUGGCAAAUUCAAUUUGCUAAAUGUAGAAGAAAGUUGGUCAAGUCAUGCAUGAAUCUGCUUUGAGUUUUAAAUGUCCUUAAAGCUUCAUCAGGGAGGCCAAGUCUUAUAUUACGAAGGCUAAAAUCAACUUGAGAAAGCCAAUUCUAGUAUGAUAUGAAGGAUGAAGCUGAUUGGGAGAAAUUGAAUAUCGUCCCUGCUUUGUCAUGAAAUUGUGGGUUGGGGUCUUAUUUUCCAGUGGACCAUACUCCUCAGCAUGGCAAGAUCAUUUUAUGUCUGUGGACAUGUCCGAUUUAUGGUUGGUUCAUGAACAGCAGCAUGGUUAUAUACCGAUGUUUUCUUCAUUGGUUCGUUGUCCACACGAGGUGCACGGAUCUUUUCCUAGUAAGUCAUUUAUUUUCCCUGCCUCGUUCAAAUAGAAGUUGGUAUUUUAAUGGUUUCAUAAAAGAACUUAACUUGUAACCUGCCAUUCGGCAGCAAAACGAGUUCUGCCUGACCCUGACUUGUUCUCGCCAUCAUUGAUGCUUGUUCUUUUGAAGUUAAUGUAUUAUUGAUUCUACAACUUGCUGAUUUCAACCCUGAAGACGCUGAAUAAUAUGUGGAUUUGGUGGAGUUA